CAAGUAUUUACUGUUUUAUCUCCGAAUUAUCGUAAAGUUGCAACCUAAUAAUGUUUAUCACAAGAAGCAACUUUAGGCUACUUCUUUUUCGGUGGUUUGGUCCUAAAGGCGAAACGAAACAGACAGUUCACAUAAAACGAAACUUAUUUGUUCCUGGCAAAUAGAUCUCCCAGCCGUUGGUUAAUCAAAUAAGACUUUCUGAGUAUUAUAAAUAUAAAUUCAUUAGCUGGCAAAGGAGGCAAUGUUUUGCGGUCUUUUUCUAACUAAGGGAUAAGGGAUAGUUCACCCAAAAAACGAAAGUUGCUCACUAUUUGCUCAUCUUCAUACGGAGACCCGAAAGGGUUGUGAUGGUGGGGGGUCCAGGGGGGAAAUAGGUGGACAUUUUGAUAAAUAUUGGAAACCAGUUACCAGUAUUGAAAUCCAUAAAAUGAAAAACUACAAUGUGGAUGGCAAAGGUUGCCACUUUUCAAAAAUCUUUAAAACAUUUUCUUUUUUGGGGUAAGAGACAACCGAAUCUUCAGUUUGGGUUCAAUUAUACCCCUUUAAAUCCAUCUGUUUCUAAAGUAUUUCACAUAAUAUCUAAGUUUAUGUUUUAUUUCACAAGAAAAACUGUGAGCUGUGUUUUAAUUAGGCUAAAUGCUUUUUAUGAGUUGAAUCUGUGACCAUUCUUUCUCUUUUGAAUACUGUGCUGUGUACUAUUGGUCAGGAUAGAAGAGUUACAGAGGUGAGACUUUGCAUACGGCAGCCAUACACUCUUCCAUUUUUUCACUCUAACCUAAUACACGAUGGAAGAGCAGAUGGAUCCACCUGUCUUUACAUUAAAAAAUGGGAAAUUUUAUUACAGACUCUGAUAAUUCACAGUUUUUUUACUCACGGAUGGCUCUUAAGACUUUGAUCUUUAGAGUUCUUGUAUUGACAGUUUUGCAUCUGGCAGAUGGCACAGUCUCCGACAGCUUUAAAGAAUGCAGUCAGUUCUUUUAUAUGCAUACAGCACCCAGUGGUAUCCGAGGGGGCAAUCUAAAGAGGAUAUGCCAGCGCUAUGGAGAUAAACUACGGUAUGCCACACUGUAUGACAGCAGCUGCCGGUUGGCACUUUAUUCAGCAUACACAUUCAAAAAGUCAGAUGGACAGAGGAGGAUGGACACACCCUGGAUGUAUGAACCACAGCUGGUAUCCCCUGAUGAAGGUGGGAACAUGAAAGUGUUGCCCUCUAGUGGUGAAAUAGACCAGCUGCUUGAGGAGAGCCAAGCUGUGCUGGCAGACUAUGUUGAUGCGGUGGAGUUUGCACGAGGUCCACUUAACCCUGACCAGCACCAGGCAGGCAACCAAGACAAAGCAGCUACCUAUACACUUACAAAUGUGGUUCCUCAGAUCACAGAAUUUUUGGAGGGCCCAUGGGCCACAUAUAUUGAUAUGGUGCGUCGCCGCUUGAAUAACUUUUGCCGUGGCACUGCCUAUGUGGUGACUGGGGUUACUGUAUCAGGGAUGACCAUCCGAAGAGGAAAGGAAGAUCGCAUGGCUGUCCCAAAGUACUUGUGGUCUGCAUAUUGCUGUCCGCGGUUUGAUAGAAACUCACCCUAUGAAGUGCGGUUCAUGUUUCCCACAUACGCAGCAUAUGCAUUGAAUGAGAUAGUGGGACACAGUGUUACAGAAGUGCCUCUGAAGGCUUUAGAGACCUUUCUGAAAACUAAGUCUAACACGGACAAAAGCGUGAGCAUCUUUUUCAAAGACUGUCUUUCAGAAAAUACACAUGCCAAUGGGAAGUGAAUGUAAACAACUUAUUAAAAAUUUGUGAA